UAAAGUCAGUCACUAGCAAAAUGGCGCUUAAGGCACAAGUCGGUCAAAAGAUUAUGAAUGAAGUCAUUCUGCAAAAGAAAACUGCAACAAGUGGAGCACAAUGGCGUAUUCUGGUGGUCGAUCAACUGGCUAUGAGAAUGGUAUCGGCGUGCUGCAAAAUGCACGAUAUCAGUGCUCAAGGAAUUACCUUGGUGGAAGAUAUCAACAAGAAACGAGAACCCUUGCCCACUAUGGAAGCGAUCUACUUGAUCACACCAUGCAAUUCUUCUGUUCAAAAAUUGAUCGAAGAUUUCAACAAUCCUACCAGGACCACUUACAGAGUCGCUCAUGUUUAUUUCACCGAAGUGUGUCCCGAUGAGUUGUUCAAACAAUUGUGUCACUCGCUGGUAGCUAAACGCAUAAAGACACUAAAAGAGAUCAACAUCGCUUUCAUACCGUAUGAAGAACAGGUUUUCUCUUUGGACUCGCGUGAAACAUUCGCUUGCUUUUAUAAUCCUUCCUUCUCCAACAUGAGAACAGCCAAUAUGGAAAGAAUAGCCGAACAGAUCGCGACACUUUGCGCUACUCUUGGAGAAUAUCCGUCAGUUAGAUAUCGAAGUGACUUUGACCGAAAUGUAGAGCUAGCACAUAUGGUUCAACAAAAAUUAGAUGCCUACAAAGCGGAUGAACCAACAAUGGGUGAAGGACCUGAGAAAGCACGUUCACAAUUACUUAUUCUAGACAGAGGAUUUGAUUGUGUUUCUCCGCUAUUACACGAGUUGACGCUGCAAGCUAUGGCAUAUGAUCUGUUAGACAUUGAUAAUGAUGUUUAUAGAUUCGAGGCGUCAGCAGGAGUACAAAAGGAAGUAUUAUUGGAUGAAAAUGACGAUCUGUGGGUAGAACUGAGACAUCAGCACAUUGCUGUAGUUUCACAAAAUGUUACCAAAAAUUUAAAGAAAUUCACAGAGUCGAAAAGAAUGCCGCAGGGAGACAAACAAAGCAUGAGGGAUCUUUCACAAAUGAUCAAGAAAAUGCCACAAUAUCAAAAAGAAUUGAGCAAAUAUGCGACACAUUUGCAAUUAGCAGAAGACUGUAUGAAACGUUACCAAGAAAAAGUGGAUAAAUUAUGUAAAGUAGAACAGGAUUUAGCAAUGGGUACAGACGCUGAAGGCGAACGUAUCAAAGAUCAAAUGAAAAAUAUUACGCCAAUUUUACUUGAUCAAACUGUGCAUCAUUUAGAUAAAUUACGAAUUAUUGCAUUGUAUGUUAUUAGUAAAAAUGGCAUUUCCGAAGAAAAUCUUAAUCGUUUAGUUAAUCACGCCCAAAUAUCUGCUGAUGACAAACAAACCAUAGUAAACAUGGCAAAUCUUAGUAUUAAUAUUGUUGUAGACGGUGGAAACCGCAGAAAAUUAUAUACCGUGCCACGUAAAGAAAGAAUUACAGAACAAACUUAUCAAAUGAGUCGUUGGACUCCCGUUAUGAAGGAUAUUAUGGAAGACGCUAUUGAAGAUAAACUUGAUUCUAAACAUUUCCCGUUUCUUGCUGGACGUGCAGCAAGUUCGGGAUAUCAUGCACCAACUAGCGCAAGAUACGGGCAUUGGCAUAAAGAUAAAGGCUCCCAAACCAUUAAGAACGUACCACGAUUAAUUGUUUUUGUUGUCGGCGGCGUUUGCUUCUCUGAAAUACGGUGUGCUUAUGAAGUUACAAAUGCUUUGAAAAAUUGGGAAGUAAUAAUUGGUUCGUCGCAUAUAAUUACACCAAAAUCCUUCUUAGAUGACUUGAGUAAGCUUCACGUAUAAAGAGACUUCUGUGUUGUAAAC